AUGGAAGUGGAUGAGGUGGCGCUUAGAGUUCCCUUGAGUAAAUACGAAAUGACUGAUUUACAGGGGCCAGGAGUGCAAUCCAUUCCGCAAAAUGUCUUAGAAGAAAAAGCCCGUAAAUGGAAGCAGCUCCAAUCCAAAAGAUAUGCUGAAAAGCGUAAAUUCGGAGUUAUCGAUAAUCAGAAGGAGGAAAUGCCUCCAGAGCAUGUUCGAAAGAUCAUUCGUGAUCAUGGAGACAUGAGCUCUAGGAAAUACCGUCAUGAUAAGCGUGUAUAUCUGGGUGCUUUGAAAUACAUGCCCCAUGCCGUAUUGAAGUUGUUAGAAAAUAUGCCUAUGCCAUGGGAACAAAUCAGAGAUGUUAAAGCACUUUAUCACAUCACUGGUGCGAUCACUUUUGUGAAUGACAUUCCUCGUGUUAUUGAACCUGUAUAUAUUGCUCAAUGGGGAACAAUGUGGAUCAUGAUGAGAAGAGAAAAGCGUGAUCGUAGGCAUUUCAAGAGAAUGCGCUUUCCACCCUUUGAUGAUGAAGAACCCCCAUUGGAUUACGCUGAUAAUAUCUUAGAUGUAGAGCCUCUAGAGCCUAUAAAAAUGGAUUUGGAUGAUGUUGAAGAUCACUCUGUAGUGGAAUGGUUCUAUGAUCACAAACCUUUAGCUAGCACUAGAUUUGUGAAUGGAGAGACCUAUAGAAAAUGGGCAUUCAGUAUCCCCAUGAUGUCUAAUCUGUACAGAUUAGCCAAUCAAUUGUUAUCAGACUUACCGGAUGAGAAUUACUUUUAUUUAUUCGAUCUCAAGUCUUUCUUCACCGCCAAAGCCUUGAAUAUUGCCAUUCCAGGAGGUCCAAAGUUUGAACCUUUGGUUAAAGAUGUUAAUCAUGAUGAAGACUGGAAUGAGUUCAACGAUAUCAACAAAGUUAUCAUUCGUGCCCCUAUUCGUACCGAAUAUAGAAUCGCGUUCCCAUUCAUGUAUAAUAAUUUGGUGAAUUCUCUCCCUGUGCAAGUAUCUUGGUAUCAUUUCCCCUCGGUCGUAUAUAUCAAAACUGAAGAUCCCGAUUUACCAGCGUUUUACUUUGAUCCUAUUAUUAAUCCCAUAUCCGUUAGUUCUCUAGCUAGGACUGAAGAAAUUUUGCCAGAAGAUGAAGAACUCGAUUCCUGGGAGUUACCUGACACUGUCACGCCAAUCUUCACGGAAGUCCCGUUAUACACGGACAAUACUGGUAACGGAAUCGCUUUGCUGUGGGCUCCAAGACCUUUCAACAUGCGCUCUGGAAGGACCCGCAGAGCUAUCGACGUACCGCUUGUUAAGGCUUGGUACAGAGAGCAUUGUCCAGCAGGAAUGCCUGUCAAAGUUCGUGUCUCAUAUCAAAAACUUCUGAAGGUAUUCGUUCUGAACGCUCUGAAGCAUAGACCACCAAAACCACAGAAGAGAAGAUAUCUGUUCCGCUCUUUCAAAUCAACCAAGUUCUUCCAAACAACCACUCUUGAUUGGGUUGAAGCCGGACUUCAAGUUCUUAGACAAGGUUACAACAUGUUGAAUCUACUUAUUCAUCGUAAGAACUUGAACUAUCUUCACUUGGAUUACAAUUUCAAUCUCAAGCCUGUGAAAACACUUACCACCAAAGAAAGAAAGAAGUCUAGAUUCGGUAACGCUUUCCAUUUGUGUCGUGAAAUUCUUCGAUUAACUAAAUUGGUUGUUGAUGCACACGUUCAAUACAGAUUGAAUAACGUUGACGCGUACCAGCUUGCUGAUGGCUUGCAAUACAUCUUUUCUCACGUCGGUCAACUGACUGGAAUGUACAGAUACAAAUAUAAGCUGAUGAGACAGGUCCGAAUGUGCAAAGACUUGAAGCAUGUGAUCUAUUAUCGUUUCAAUACUGGGCCAGUCGGUAAAGGUCCAGGUUGCGGUAUCUGGGCUCCUGGUUGGAGAGUUUGGCUCUUCUUCUUGAGAGGAAUCACACCUUUACUGGAGAGAUGGUUAGGAAAUUUGUUGUCCAGACAGUUCGAAGGAAGACACUCUAAGGGAGUUGCUAAGACUGUUACUAAGCAGAGAGUUGAAUCGCAUUUCGAUCUUGAAUUGAGAGCUGCCGUCAUGCACGAUAUUCUUGAUAUGAUGCCUGAGGGUAUCAAGCAGAAUAAGGCUAGAGUCAUUUUGCAGCAUUUGAGUGAAGCUUGGAGAUGUUGGAAGGCUAAUAUUCCUUGGAAGGUACCUGGUCUACCAACUCCGGUAGAAAACAUGAUUCUCAGAUACGUUAAAGCUAAGGCUGAUUGGUGGACUAACUCUGCUCAUUACAAUCGUGAAAGAGUACGCAGAGGAGCAACAGUUGACAAAACUGUUUGUAAGAAAAAUUUGGGUAGAUUGACUCGUUUGUAUCUCAAGUCCGAACAAGAAAGACAGCACAAUUACUUGAAAGACGGUCCGUAUGUAUCUGCUGAAGAAGCUGUUGCCAUCUAUACAACUACUGUUCAUUGGCUGGAAUCACGUAGAUUCUCACCUAUUCCUUUCCCUCCCUUGUCAUACAAGCACGAUACUAAACUUCUUAUCUUGGCUCUUGAACGUCUGAAAGAGGCUUACAGUGUUAAGAAUCGGCUCAACCAGUCUCAGAGAGAAGAGUUGGCUUUGAUUGAACAAGCUUAUGACAAUCCUCAUGAGGCUCUUUCACGUAUCAAAAGACAUAUGCUUACUCAGAGAGCUUUCAAGGAAGUCGGAAUUGAGUUCAUGGAUUUGUAUACUCAUUUGAUCCCUGUUUAUGACAUUGAACCCUUGGAAAAAGUGACUGAUGCUUACCUCGAUCAAUACUUGUGGUACGAAGCUGAUAAGAGACGACUUUUCCCUGCUUGGGUAAAACCAGCUGAUACGGAGCCACCUCCAUUGUUAGUUUAUAAGUGGUGUCAAGGUGUUAAUAAUUUGCAAGAUGUUUGGGGAACCAAUGAUGGAGAAUGCAAUGUUGUACUGGAAUCCAAAUUGGAGAAAGUUGCCGAGAAGAUGGAUCUUACUCUAUUGAACAGAUUGCUCAGACUUAUCGUUGAUCACAAUAUUGCUGAUUAUAUGACUGCUAAAAACAACGUUCUUAUUAAUUAUAAGGAUAUGAACCACACAAACUCUUUCGGUAUCAUCCGUGGUUUGCAGUUCGCUUCUUUCAUUGUUCAAUAUUACGGACUCGUUUUGGAUCUGUUAGUUCUUGGUUUGAGAAGAGCUGCGGAACUUGCUGGACCUCCUCAGUGUCCAAAUGAGUUUUUGACUUUCCAGGAUAUUGCGACUGAAACUGCUCAUCCUAUUCGCUUGUACUGCAGAUACAUGGAUCGUGUAUGGAUUAUGUUCAGAUUCCAAGCUGAUGAAGCCCGAGAUCUCAUUCAACGCUAUCUUACCGAGCAUCCUGAUCCAAACAACGAGAACAUUGUUGGUUAUAACAACAAGAAGUGCUGGCCUAGAGAUGCAAGAAUGAGACUAAUGAAGCAUGACGUCAAUCUUGGAAGAGCCGUAUUCUGGGAUAUUAAGAAUCGUCUGCCAAGAUCUAUUACCACAAUCGAAUGGGAAGGUUCAUUCGUAUCUGUUUACAGCAAGGACAAUCCAAACUUGCUGUUCGAUAUGGCAGGGUUCGAAUGUCGUAUUCUUCCUAAAUGCAGAACUUCUAAUGAAGAAAUCACAAAUAGAGAUGGUGUCUGGAACUUACAGAAUGAAGUUACGAAGGAAAGAACUGCUCAGUGUUUCUUGAAGGUCGACGAAGAUUCAAUGUCAAAGUUCCACAACAGAAUUCGACAAAUCUUGAUGUCUUCUGGAUCUACAACAUUUACUAAGAUUGUUAAUAAGUGGAAUACAGCUCUCAUUGGGUUGAUGACCUAUUUCCGUGAAGCAGUAGUCAACACUCAAGAACUGUUGGAUCUUCUCGUCAAAUGUGAGAACAAAAUUCAAACAAGAAUCAAGAUAGGGUUGAAUUCAAAAAUGCCUGCUAGAUUCCCCCCUGUCGUUUUUUACACCCCUAAGGAAAUCGGUGGAUUAGGAAUGUUAUCUAUGGGACAUGUUCUCAUCCCUCAGUCCGAUCUUAGAUGGAUGCAACAAACAGAUGCUGGUGGAAUUACACAUUUCCGUUCAGGAAUGACACAUGAUGAAGAUCAGCUUAUUCCUAAUUUGUACAGAUACAUUCAACCUUGGGAAGCCGAAUUUAUUGACUCUCAAAGAGUUUGGGCUGAGUAUGCUUUGAAGAGACAAGAAGCUAAUGCUCAGAAUAGAAGAUUGACUCUUGAAGAUUUGGAUGACUCGUGGGAUAGAGGAAUCCCUCGUAUCAACACUCUCUUCCAAAAGGAUCGUCACACUUUGGCUUACGAUAAGGGGUGGAGAGUUCGAACAGAAUUCAAGGCUUAUCAAAUCUUGAAACAAAAUCCAUUCUGGUGGACUCAUCAACGUCACGACGGAAAGUUGUGGAAUCUCAAUAACUAUCGUACCGAUAUGAUUCAAGCUCUUGGUGGUGUAGAAGGAAUUCUUGAGCACACCCUGUUCCGAGGAACCUAUUUCCCCACAUGGGAAGGAUUGUUCUGGGAGAGAGCAUCAGGAUUCGAAGAGUCUAUGAAGUUCAAGAAAUUGACUAACGCUCAGAGAUCUGGUUUGAAUCAAAUUCCUAACAGAAGAUUCACUCUCUGGUGGUCGCCUACAAUCAACAGAGCUAACGUAUACGUUGGUUUCCAAGUACAGUUGGAUUUGACUGGUAUUUUCAUGCAUGGUAAAAUCCCUACAUUGAAAAUUUCGUUGAUUCAAAUCUUCCGUGCCCAUUUAUGGCAGAAGAUCCACGAGUCUGUUGUUAUGGAUCUUUGUCAAGUUUUCGAUCAAGAGUUGGAUGCUUUGGAGAUCCAAACAGUCCAGAAAGAAACAAUCCAUCCAAGGAAGUCUUAUAAGAUGAACAGUUCUUGUGCUGAUAUCUUGCUUUUCGCUCAGUACAAGUGGAAUGUUUCAAGACCAUCUUUGAUGGCAGACAGCAAGGACGUCAUGGACAAUACUACUACACAAAAGUACUGGUUGGAUGUACAGCUUCGUUGGGGAGAUUACGAUUCUCACGACAUUGAAAGAUAUGCUCGUGCUAAAUUCUUAGACUACACAACUGAUAAUAUGUCAAUCUAUCCUUCACCUACGGGAUUGCUCAUUGCUAUGGAUCUGGCAUAUAAUCUCUACAGUGCUUAUGGUAAUUGGUUCCCUGGAAUGAAGCCAUUGAUUCGUCAGGCUAUGGCUAAGAUUAUCAAAGCCAAUCCUGCCUUUUAUGUAUUACGUGAAAGAAUUAGAAAGGGAUUGCAGCUCUACAGUUCUGAACCAACUGAACCUUAUCUUACUAGUCAAAACUACGGAGAGUUGUUCAGUAACCAAAUCAUCUGGUUCGUGGAUGACACAAAUGUGUACAGAGUAACCAUCCACAAAACGUUUGAAGGAAACUUGACAACUAAGCCCAUUAACGGAGCUAUUUUCAUUUUCAAUCCUCGAACAGGACAGCUUUUCUUGAAGAUCAUUCAUACAUCUGUAUGGGCCGGUCAAAAACGUUUGAGUCAGUUGGCUAAAUGGAAAACAGCUGAAGAAGUAGCUGCUUUGAUUAGAUCUCUCCCAGUUGAAGAACAACCUCGACAAAUUAUUGUAACCAGAAAGGCUAUGUUGGAUCCUCUCGAAGUCCAUCUUCUUGAUUUCCCCAACAUUGUCAUCAAGGGAUCUGAAUUGAUGUUGCCAUUCCAAGCUAUCAUGAAGGUAGAGAAGUUCGGAGAUCUCAUUUUGAAAGCUACUGAGCCCCAAAUGGUGUUGUUCAACCUGUACGAUGAUUGGCUGAAGACAAUCUCCAGUUAUACAGCGUUCUCAAGAGUUAUUCUCAUCAUGAGAGGUAUGCAUAUUAAUCCUGAUAAAACUAAGGUAAUAUUGAAACCCGAUAAAACUACCACAACUGAGCCUCAUCAUAUCUGGCCUACAUUGAAAGAUGAAGAUUGGAUUAAAGUAGAGUUAUCCCUCAAGGAUAUGAUCUUGGCUGAUUACGGAAAGAAGAAUAACGUGAAUGUUGCUUCUCUGACGCAAUCAGAAGUCCGUGAUAUCAUUCUUGGUAUGGAGAUCAGUGCUCCUAGUCAACAACGUCAGCAAAUUGCUGACAUUGAAAAACAAACUAAAGAACAGAGCCAGGUGACGGCUACUACAACCAGAACAGUAAACAAACAUGGUGACGAAAUUAUCACCGCUACCACGUCUAACUAUGAAACACAAACCUUUGCUAGUCGAACUGAGUGGCGCGUAAGAGCUAUUUCAGCUACCAAUCUCCAUUUGAGAACUCAACAUAUUUAUGUAAAUUCGGAUGAUGUGAAAGAGUCUGGGUACACUUACAUUUUACCCAAGAAUGUGUUGAAAAAAUUCAUAACAAUUUCUGAUCUUCGUACACAGAUUGGUGGAUUUAUGUAUGGAGUUUCUCCAGCUGAUAACCCACAAGUUAAAGAAAUUCGGUGCAUUGUCCUGGUACCUCAAACCGGUAAUCAUCAACAAGUUCAACUGCCCGGUCAACUCCCACAACAUGAGCUUUUGAAUGAUCUAGAACCACUUGGAUGGAUUCAUACCCAACCAAAUGAGUUACCCCAACUUUCUCCUCAGGAUGUUACUGCACAUGCUAAGAUUUUAACUGAAAACUCAUCUUGGGACGGAGAAAAAACUGUCAUCAUCACAUGCAGUUUCACUCCUGGCUCAGUAUCUUUGACAGCAUACAAGCUUACACCCUCUGGAUACGAAUGGGGCAGAGCUAACACAGAUAGAGGAAAUAAUCCUAAGGGAUAUAUGCCCACACAUUACGAAAAAGUACAAAUGCUGCUUUCUGAUAGGUUCCUUGGAUACUUCAUGGUUCCAAGUAACGGUGUUUGGAAUUACAACUUCCAAGGUCAACGAUGGGCUACUUCAAUGAAAUAUGACAUUGCAUUGGCGAACCCGAAAGAAUAUUAUCAUGAGGAUCAUAGACCCGUACACUUCCAUAAUUUCAAAUCUUUUGAUGAUCCGUUGGGUAUUGCUAUGGCAGAUCGUGAGGAUAGUUUCUCAUGA